UGUGUAGUCUUUUUCGGGUUCAAAAUGGACGUAAGAACUGUAAUAUCCACCACGCUAUUUGUGGCUUUAACCUUUUCCUUAGGCGUCUUGUGGAUGUGUGAUGCAACAAUUCGAGUCGAGAGACCAAGAGGAGUAUCCCUUAGCAAUGAACCUCUUUACAAUAAGGAUAGUCAAGGUGAAUAUUUCACAUGUAUAGAUGGUUCAAAGAAGAUUCUCAGAUCUCAGAUCAAUGAUGAUUAUUGUGACUGUCCAGACUCAUCAGAUGAACCAGGUACAUCGGCAUGCCCAGAUGGAAGAUUCCAUUGCAACAACAGGGGGUACAGACCAUUCUACAUUCCAUCAUCAAGAGUAAAUGAUGGUAUUUGUGAUUGCUGUGAUGCCUCUGAUGAGUAUGAGGGGCCUGGAGCAGGUAAGUGCAUCAAUAACUGCAAGGAGCUCGGAAAGAGAGACCUGGAGGAACGCAGACAACAGAUGGUGCUCUUCAACCAAGGCUUUGAUAUCAGACAACAAUACAUCAAGGAUGGCCUCGCCAAGAAAACAGAACGAGAGGAAGAAUUAAAGAAACUGCAGACGGAGAAAGAAGAAGCACAGAAAAUAGUUGAUGAAAAGAGAAAGGUACGUGAUGAAGCGGAAGGACCUGAGACGGAGGCCAAGGAUAAGCACAAAGCAGCCUGGGAAGCCGAAGUAGCUGCCAAGAAAGCGGCAGAGGAAAAGCAGAGAGCUCUCCAGGCUUUCAAGGAAUUAGAUAUUGACUCUGAUGGAAGGAUUGUCUUCCAUGAGUUGACCAACAGAUUAGAGUUCGAUACAGAUGCAAGUGGACAUAUCAAUGAAGAAGAAGCAAAGGCUGUUCUUGGAGGAGCCAAUGUCGUUGAGGAGAAUGCCUUUGUGGAUCAGCUCUGGAAUGACGUCAAGGAGAAAUUCAAGUUUGCACAUGAGGUGGAAGCAGAGUUGGCACAAAAGCAACAGGAAGGACAGGAGCAGCUAGAAGAACCUGCUGCCUUUGAGAAAAACGAUUUCGAGGAUGACGACGAUUUCGAUGACGACAUCGAAGACGAAUGGGCGGAGGAUGAGGAGGACGAAGACAUCUAUGAAGAGGAGGAUGAUGAAGAUGAUUUUGAUGAUGAUCUGACGGAUGACGAACGUGACGCAAUGCGUCAGAGACGGCUGGAUAGAAUGGAUAGAUUAACUAAAAGGAAGCAAGAGAUGAAGGAUUCUAAGACUUCUGAUGACCAGAUGCCUGAUUAUGAUGAGGCUACUCAAGCCCUAAUAACAGCUGCUGACCAGGCGAGGAAUGAAUUUGAGGAGGCUGAGAAAACUUUGAAGAAUAUUGAGAGGUCUGUCGGGGACAUAGAGAAGCAGCUGAAAGUAGAUCUAGGUCCAGACCAGGCGUUCCAGGCUCUGCAAGGACAAUGUUAUGAGUACACAGACAGAGAAUACACAUACAAGUUGUGUCCUUUUGAAAAAUCUUCUCAAAGAUCUAAAAAUGGAGGUUCAGAAACUUCUCUUGGCUUAUGGAACCAAUGGGAAGGGCCUGCAGAUAAUAAAUAUUCUGUUAUGAUGUAUACUAGAGGUCAGAAAUGUUGGAAUGGUCCAGAUAGAUCUACAAGGGUGAAUUUAAAAUGUGGCGUUGAAAACAGCGUCACAUCUGCUUCAGAACCCGAUAGAUGCGUCUACCAAUUUGAGUUCACCACCCCAGCACUCUGUACGUACAAGUAUGAUUUGAGCACAGGAGAAACCGAUACACACGACGAGCUAUGAUGUAUUGUCUCUGUCCCACAUAUUCAUUUCCUUGUGAUGUUUUGUAAAAGGGCUCCAAAUGUUGAAGUUAACAG